UAUACGUCACGCGUUGUGUUCAUACGCAUUAAUCUACGCUGUACAGACCAUACAAUUUUGUGUAUUCCUGAAUUCUUUUUUAUUGUCUGUUUAUUUUUAUAUAUUUUUUCUUUUCUUUUUAUUUUUAUUUUAGACGUUAUACAUGCGUGUGUUGUACAUAAAUUCACUUGUAUGAAGAGGUUGGAAUAAUGUUUGAUAUCUAUAAACACUGCUUGUAAUAGUCAAAUAAUGGACAGACCAUUAAACAUGCUGUAACGAUCAAUUUAUCUCCAAGUGGUGAUAUGACCUUGACACCGAAAAUUGUUAUUAGUAUCAGGUCUCACCUUGUUAUAUAAAAUCUACUGGAUCGUCUCGAUGGCAUCUUCUUAAAUUAGGUACAGCUGUUCCUAUUAAGCCAGGAGAUAUUUGUUCCUUGUUAUCAGAUAAAUGUUGGUUUAAAAUUAUAACAAUGUCUGAAACGGUGGAAAAACAUAAUCAUCUACUAAAAAGAAAGAUAAAAUAUACACAGAUAUAUAUUACUUAUGGCAUAGUGUACAGACGACAUACCAUUCGAACCAAUGGAUAAAAAGAUAUGUUUCGACACAUCUCCAAAGUCUAUAGCUUCGCAUGGCGAUGGUUGUAACGAAUCUCAAGAUAAUAAAGAUUCUAAACCUAUAGCAGUAGAGAUGCCUAUCUUAAGCAAAGGGAGCAGUAUCAUUAUGUCUACAUUUUCCAAGGAUAUGGAUGCUAGUUCGCCAGAGAAUAAUCAAACUAUUCUCGAUUCAAUAUCGAUGGCAGAGAAUCCAGAUUUACCUAAAGAAUCUACACUUGUUAAAGAAAAUUCAAAUAUUCAGGAAGAGGAGUCAAAGAAAGUUGAAGCAAAUGUUAAACAGGAUCAUGUUAUGCAUUCUAGUGAUUGCGGUGACUCACAUACUUUAAUACAACAGGAUGUGCAUUCUUCACCAACACUCGAACAAAACAAAGCAAGUGUAUCGGGUGCUGAGCAAGUAGAAACAAAAAGAAAUAAAUGUAUUUAUAAGGAUAAAUGUUAUAGAAAGAAUCCACAUCACAAAGUUCAGUUCAGUCAUCCAGGUGAUCCCGAUUUCGAAGAAGUCGAUGAACGGCCCGAGUGUCCUUAUGGUAUACAUUGCUAUCGCAAAAAUCUACGACACAAAGCUCAAUUUAAGCAUUCCACUAUGCGAAAACGUCGAGCGCCAACCCCUGUACGAUCACCAAGAUGUGACAAUGAAUCUGUGAUAGAAAUAUCCUCAGGAGAUGAAUCUGUUGAUGAAUCUGAAUAUGAACCAUCUGAGUACACUUCAGAAACCAACAGUGAUGUAGAAGAUGUAGAAAGUAUAGAAAGUGAUUGGAAUGAAAGUGAUAUUGAAGAUUCUAAAUCUUGAACUGAUUAAGAUAAUAAAGGAAAUGGUGAAACGUUGACUACAUAUAGUGUACAGACAAAUUAUUUAUUUAUGUAAUAACUACUAUAUAUUAAUUCAGUUUGAAAAAAUAUUACAUACGUCAAAUUUAUCAGUGAUAUUAUAAUCAUUUCAAUCUAGAAAUUUGGUAUAUGAUAUGACAUUAAAUUGUCAUUAUUUAGAUCUAUGAAGAACAACAGAAAUACCUUUAUUUGGUGAAUCGUUUUUAUUUGUUUAAAUUUAAAAAAAUUAACAUUGUCACUUACCAUCGAAAUAAUGUUUAUUUUAUGUAAAUAUAGAUAUAAAAUAUUACACAGUUAUCAUUGUUAUUAUUAUU